GAAAGGUAGCAGUGCUGCUGACACCUAAGAUGGUAAAUGGACUCAACAUUAUGAUUGAGAAGAGGAAAGAAUGUGGUGUCCCAGACCAAAAUGAAUACUUGUUUGCUGUACCAAAUUGUCUGACUUACUACAGAGGACAUCAGUGUCUCAGACAGCUCGCAGAUGAGUGUGGUGCCAAGAGGCCAGAGUAUCUACGAUCAACUCAACUGCGCAAAGACAUAGCGACCACAUCACAAAUCCUGAACUUGAAGAGCAAUGAACUAGAUCAGCUUGCUGAUUUUAUGGGGCACGAUAUAUCAGUACAUAGACAGUUCUACCGUCUGUCAGAGCCUACCAUACAGAGUGCCAAAAUUUCCAAGUUGCUCCUUGCACUGGAAAAGGGAAAGAUGCAUGAGCUUAAAGGAAAAUCUCUUGACGAAAUUGAAGAUGUCACAGAUGAUGAUGAUGAGAGUGAGGAGGAACAAACAUUCACAACAAACAUUCACAACAAAGCAGAGGUAGAUUGUCCUCGUGAACUGAACGACAUGGACACUCCUGAUGCAGAUGGACUCCCUCCUGUACAUAAUGUACGCAAAGACAAGACACGAAGACCAUGGACCAAAGCAGAAGAAAAAGCUGUGCUGAGACAUUUCAAGUCUCACAUAAUUAAAGGUCAUUUAGCAUCAAAGAAGGAGUGUGUGGUUUGCAAAGAAUGUGAACAGCCAGCACUGAAAAAUAGAACAUGCCAAAACAUUAGAGACUUUGUGAGAAACAAGGGGCUGACUUUUAAGCGCCAAAACCGCCACCCACACUAAAAAACAAUAUGUGUGCAGCCAGCGUUGUGACG